CCCGGCCCGUAAGAAGCACCCCGGGCGCUAGGCGAAGGCGCACAGCGCGGGACCGGGCUGGGGCCAGCAGCGCGAUGGCAGCUCAGCGGCUGGGCAAGCGCGUGCUGAGCAAGCUGCAGUCUCCGUCGCGGGCCCGUGGGCCAGGGGGCAGUCCCGGGGGGCUGCAGAAGCGGCACGCGCGCGUCACCGUCAAGUAUGACCGGCGGGAGCUGCAGCGACGGCUGGACGUGGAGAAGUGGAUCGACGGGCGCCUGGAGGAGCUGUACAGCGGCAUGGAGGCAGACAUGCCCGACGAGAUCAACAUUGACGAAUUGUUGGAGUUAGAGAGUGAAGAGGAGAGAAGCCGGAAAAUCCAGGGACUCCUGAAGUCGUGUGGGAAACCUGUCGAGGACUUCAUCCAGGAGCUGCUGGCAAAGCUUCAAGGCCUCCACAGGCAGCCCGGCCUCCGCCAGCCCAGCCCCUCCCACGAUGGCAGCCUCAGCCCCCUCCAGGACCGAGCCCGGACUGCUCACCCCUGACCCUCUCGCACUCUCCCUGCCCUGCCGACACCGCCCAGCUUGUGUAUAAGUUGUAUUUAAUGGUUCUGUAACAAUAA